AUGGCUUCCAUCGGCGAUUCAUACGCCGCAGGUUUGGGAAGUGGAAAACGAGUGGACUUCUCGUGCUCUCGAUACAACACAGCAUACCCCAAUAUCGUACACGACUCACUCCGCAUCCGAGGUUCGGAUACAACUCACCAGUCCCUGGCUUGUUCAGGCGCAGAUACCACCGAGAUUCUGGCAAAGCAGGUGCCUGCGCUCCACAUCAACCUCAAUCUCAUCACCAUCUCCGCAGGCGGCAACGACAUCGGGCUCACCCCUAUACUGAGUAAUUGUGUAUACCAAUUCUACAUGGCUGACGAAGAUGCGUGCCAAGAAUCGAUCGAUGAAGCUCGAGAUAAGAUCGCCAACGACACACAGCUUUACCAGAACGUCACGAAGCUUAUUGAAGCUGCAAAGCCAUACCUGAACUCAACGCAUGGCAUAAUAUAUGUCACAGGGUAUACGCGCUUCUUCGGCACCGAAGACAACACAUGCGACAACGUGACCUGGGCCGUGUGGCGCAACGUCGAGCGUAGCAAGCAAUACCUUAAGCUCGAAAUGCGUCAGGCACUCAACGACAUGGUACUGUCUGUCAACGCAGUGCUGCGCAGAGCAGUAGAAGCUGCAGGUCCCAAAGUCCGCUUUGUUAACUAUGAUACACGCAUCGCAGCGCUGCGAGGCCGGUACUGCGAGCUCGGCGUUCACGAACCAGACCCAAAUCGCUCGGGUCUGUUCUUCUAUGAGUGGGACACAGUUGACAGAGGCGAGAAUAAGACCGGUCUGCAGAACAGUACUGGGGAUGGUGUACCGAAGGGGUCGUUUGAGAGUGGGAUUGCUGAGCAGAUAAACAAGACGCUGCAUGAGCACCCCAACUGGAGCUUCGAUCCGAACAAGGGGUUUGUCAAGAAGAACAAGACCGCAGUGGAAGAGGAAGGUAUAAUCGAGGAUACUAUCCAUUGGCUGAUUCCUGAUUCCUACAAGAGGGUGUUCCACUUGCGCCCCGAAGGACACUGGAUCAUCGCUGGCAUGUUGUGGAACGAUCUGAAGGCCUACACACUGGGCAAAGAGAAGCCAACGGAAGUCGAAGAGUCGUAA